UCGCGCGCGGAGUCUGCGCGAACGCAUGUGCUCCAGAUCUGUUUCUCAUUCGAAUCUGACCCAUUUUAGCUGUCGUGAAGUAAACUGUUGAAAGAGUGAUAGGAUGCAAAAUAUUGUGAUAUACUCGGAGGUCGUUUACACGUCUUUUUAGCAGAGAUGCGUAAAGUUCGCGACUCAAUCGACACGAAAUGCCAUUGACGAUGUGUUUGACAAAACUAAGUGCAGUGCAAAUUGUUUAGUGUGAAGUGCGUUUGCUCGUGUGUGUGGACAUUCAUACACUGUGUUGCACACAGGAUGUGUGUGUGCGUGCUGCUGCUGCUGUUCGCUGCGCUUCCAGCGCUCGCUGGUCCUCGCGGUGCUCCCGUGUCCGCGGUCCCCGUUGGGCCGGAGUUCGAGGCCGGCCAGCAGACCACGGUGCUGGCGCGUGUGGGCGAGACCGCUGCUCUGCGCUGCCGCGUGCUCCGCCUCGCUGACAGAGCGGUGUCGUGGGUGCGGUCCAGCGACCUGCAGAUCCUGACGCACGCGGGCUCCGUGUUCACGGCGGACGCGCGCGUGUCGGUGUCGCAGGCGCCCGCGGCGGCGCGCGAGGCGCUCACGUCGCGCGACGACGCGGCGGCCGGCGCCGUGCACACGCUGCGCCUGGAGCGCCUGCGCGCCGCGGACGCCGGCCGCUACGAGUGCCAGGUCAACACCGAGCCCAAGAUGAGCCUGUUCUUCAACCUCACUGUAGUCCCGGAGUCGGCGAUGCCGGUGCUGGCGGUGCGCGCGGUGGGCGCGGAGGGCGGGCAGGUGGUGGGCGCGCGCGGCGGCGCGGCGCGGCUGGCGUGCGAGGCGCGCUACGAGCCCGCGCCCGGCGCCGCCGCGCUGGCGCCCGACGCGCUCGCCGCGCUGCCGCCGCUGCGCAUCCGCUGGACGCACGACGGGGAGACGCUGGACCCACAGAGCGCGCGCGGCGGCAUCUCGCUGGACGCGGAGCGCUGGGCGGGCGGCGCGCGCUCGCGCCUGACGCUGGCGGCGCUGGGCGCGCGCGACGCGGGCCGCUACACGUGCGCGGCGGCCGGCCGCAGCGCCACGCUGCUGCUGCGCCUGCGCGCCGACGACGACCAGGACUACGACGUCACGGAGGGCGAGGCGGAGGCGAUGCAGCGCGACGCGGCCGCGGCGCGCGCGAGCCCGGCCGCCCGCGCGCGCGCGCCCGCCGCCUGGCUGCUGGCGCUCGCGCCGCUCUUCCUCACGUGACGUCGCGCUGCUGUCGCUUCUGCCGGAACUGCCAACGUGACGUCACUUGAAAAGCUGUGCUGCGCAACUGCGUACGUCACACGGUCACGUGCACUGCGCUGCGCACUAUCUCUGUACAUAGCCUAUUUAUAGAAUGUAAAUAAAUGUCGGAUAGUA